AUGGAUGUGUACGGACACAAUAUCAGUGCUGGUCAUAUCAUAACAUCUAUUUGGAUUGCUAACAUGGAGGGUGAUCCAAAGACAGAUGAGAAUGCAAUUUGGGUCGGGUGGCAAGUUGACCCAAAAAAAUAUGGGGACUCACAUACUCACUUCUUCACGAGUUGGACGAGAGACACAUAUCAUACAGGGUGCUAUGACAUGGACUGCCCUGGUUUCCAGCUUGUUAAGGGGUCAAAAAUCGCUCCGGGUGGCACAAUACAACCAGUCUCUCAUGUUCAUGGUGUACGUCAAAAGAUUACAAUUAAAAUGUUUAGGGAAAAAUCCACGGGAAAUUGGUGGAUACACUACGGCUUCAAUAAGGCCCCAACACCGGUGGGCUAUUACCCAGCAAAAUUGUUUGACAAGUUAUCGAAGAAGGCGACCCAAAUUUCAAUUGGUAGCAUUGUUGGGGGGAGUCCGUCUAUCCCAUCCCCUCCAAUGGGUAGUGGAUUCUUGCCUUCUGAUAAAGCUGCAUUAAUCACAAAUAUUUCACUCAUUGGGGAAGAUGGCAGGAUGACACCUUUUACUGUGAAUACAGACAGGUUACAGAGUAAGAGUAGUUGUUACUCUAUCUCACCUAUCCAAGGUGCAAAAUGUUCCUAUGGAGGUCCAGGAGGUUGCUCCGCCUAG